GGACGAAAACGGCAGGCCAGAGCUGAAAAACUUCCCAAGAAACGGCAACUCAACAAAAUCUAUACAAAAGUGUCUGCCUCUGCCUCGGCCUCUGAUGUUGUUGACGCUAAGCAAAAGAAAGAUAAGACUAUAAAAUAUAUCUAGAAAUUAUGUCCCCUAGCCCCCAGACGAUAGACGCAACCGAGUUAGCAACUUAACAAAAAACAAACAAUGCCAAAAGUUAAAGCGAAAGGCAACUACACCAAUCGACACAAAUAAAAUGAGCCAAGUCGCCUGCAACUACAACACCAACGGCAAGCAUCGAGACGAGCAGGUUGCAGGCACUCCGCAAAGAACAAGAACCGCCACAGGAACCGCAACAUCAUCUCAAAUAGUAGAAACACCCGGAACACCAGGAAUACCAGGAGCACCGUACUUGAGCAAGCGAUGAAGUGGAGCCUCCGCUUGGAUGACGAACUUAGAAACAAAAAAACUGGCACUGAAACUGCAGCUGAAACCACAACGGAACUGGCCAUCGGAAUCAGAACAAACUGAUGCUGACGGAAACUGAAACUGAUACUAUUACCAAAUUAGUGGUAGCAGCUAACCGCAAAUAGAAUCUGAAAAACAGAGAGAGAAGAACGAAAAAGAGGAGGGGAACGGAAACAUGAACAGUGUGGAUAUUUUGUAAUUAUUAAUGAGCGCAUAGAGUGGGCUGCCGCAGUGGGGUGCUGGAGGAACCACAGGAGCGAAACAGAGCGAUACGUUGAGGGAUAUCAUAAUGUACAUGCUGCUGGAUCUCGACUAACACACACACUGACACUCACCCGAGCCCACGCCCGAGCCCAAGCCCCAAGCCCCAACCCCCAGACAGAUUCCCCACAGGACAUCAGGCAGGAAAGGCAACGAAAGGCUCAAUUUCAAGGAAUUUGCAAAGCUCUCACCCACACACAGUCGCACUCACUCUUCGACUCCCAAGCGCGCACUCACACACACAUAUACGAGAAUGGGCUGAUGGAAUCUCGUCAGGAUAGAAGUAAUUAAAAGUAAAUAAAGCAGGAGGCAAAAGGAAAACCGAAAAGAAACUCAAAGCGGUGGCUGCAGGAAAAGCAGGAAGUAACCUGAUUACGAGCAGAAAAGAAAGAGACACAGAGAAUCAAGAGGCAGCAAAGCAAAGGCAGGAGAAGCAAAAACAACAACAGCCACAAUAACAGCCACAACAACAACAACAACACUUAAUGUGGCUCAGAAGAAGAAGAAGCAACGACCAUAGUGAUCCGCUGCUGAUUGUCCGGACUGUGCUGUGACUCGAUUUCCGACCCCCGAAAAUAGCGCCAGAACCGAAGAUUGAGAUAGAAAGACACACACGCGCACACACACACCACUCUAACCCAUACACAUGCACUGAAGUACUGACUGAAUGCCUCGCUGCCUAAACAACCAACUAACUCACUGACUGAGAGACUUCAAGGAGCGGAAAGCCAAAACGAAGGGGCAAGCAGCAAGCAAGGAGCCAGCGACAACCAAACAAAAAAACAAAACCAAAAAAGGAAAGGUGGAACCAGCUAGCAAGUAAACUAAAAGAGCAACUAAAACCUUGACUAAUAACUGCAACUACAGCAACAACAAAUAACAAAUUUAAAAAAAAAAACAAACAGCAACAACAACUACAACAACAACAACUUACUUUAUACGCAACUAAAUGAACAAAUACUUCAAUUUUUAAAUGCAAAACUACGAGAAGCAAGCGCAGCCAUUUUAAAUAAGCAAAAAUCCAGCACAGCUAAUCCUUCUCUUAAUAUAAAAACAAAAAAACACCCAGAACUUUCAACUUCCAAAAUUAAACCAAAAACCCAACCAAAACACCGUACCAACGCAUUAACAGCAACAGCACCAUGAGUGAUUCAAGAAUGGACAAAUUGGCCAGGAUGGCGCCUCUGCCCCGCACCCCACUGCUGACCAUCUGGCUGGCCAUCAAUAUGGCGCUGAUCGCACAGGAAACGGGCCACAGACGGAUCCACACAGUGCAGGCGGCAACUGGCGGUGGCAGCAUGCUGGGUGACGUAAACAUAUCCGCUAUACUCGACUCCUUUAGUGUUAGCUACGACAAAAGAGUAAGACCCAAUUAUGGUGGACCUCCUGUCGAAGUCGGAGUCACCAUGUAUGUGCUAUCGAUCAGCUCGCUCUCAGAAGUGAAAAUGGACUUCACAUUGGAUUUUUACUUUCGUCAAUUUUGGACCGAUCCUCGUUUAGCGUAUAGAAAACGACCUGGUGUAGAGACACUGUCGGUUGGAUCAGAGUUCAUUAAGAAUAUUUGGGUACCUGACACCUUUUUUGUAAAUGAAAAACAAUCAUAUUUUCACAUUGCAACAACCAGUAAUGAAUUCAUACGUGUGCAUCAUUCUGGAUCGAUAACAAGAAGUAUUAGAUUGACUAUCACCGCAUCGUGUCCGAUGAACCUGCAAUAUUUCCCAAUGGACCGGCAGCUGUGCCACAUUGAAAUAGAAAGCUUCGGCUACACGAUGCGUGACAUACGAUAUAAAUGGAACGAGGGCCCCAACUCGGUCGGUGUCUCGAGUGAGGUAUCGCUGCCCCAAUUUAAGGUCUUGGGCCAUCGUCAAAGAGCUAUGGAAAUCAGUCUUACCACAGGAAACUAUUCGCGUUUAGCCUGCGAAAUUCAGUUCGUGCGCUCGAUGGGCUACUACCUUAUACAAAUCUACAUACCCUCUGGACUGAUCGUUAUUAUAUCAUGGGUAUCAUUUUGGCUCAAUCGCAAUGCAACGCCGGCGCGUGUGGCGCUCGGUGUGACAACCGUGUUGACAAUGACCACUUUGAUGUCGUCAACAAAUGCAGCGCUGCCAAAGAUUUCGUACGUCAAAUCGAUUGACGUCUAUCUGGGAACAUGCUUCGUUAUGGUCUUUGCAAGUCUACUGGAAUACGCCACCGUCGGCUACAUGGCAAAACGAAUUCAAAUGCGAAAACAAAGAUUUAUGGCGAUCCAAAAGAUAGCCGAGCAGAAAAAGCAACAGCUCGACGGGGCCCAGCAACAGGCCAAUCCAAAUCCGAAUGCCUCCAUGGGGAUGGGUGGAGGAGGCGGCGGUGGCGCUAACGCCGGUGGAGGCGGCGUCGGUGGUGGCGUCGGUGUCGGCGUUGGCGUUAACGUCGGCAUGGGCAUGGGUCCUGAGCAUGGGCAUGGGCAUGGUCACCAUGCCCACAGCCAUGGUCAUCCGCAUGCUCCCAAACAAACAGAGGUGAGAUUCAAGGUCCACGACCCGAAGGCCCACUCCAAGGGCGGGACCCUGGAGAAUACAGUGAACGGUGGUCGAGGAGGUCCCCAACCCCACGGACCAGGACCGGCGUCCGGAGGUGGACCCGGCGGCGGUGGUGGUGGUGGUGGCGGCGGAGGUGGCGGACCGCCAGAUGGCGGUGGCGAUCCCGAAGCAGCGGUCCCAGCCCACUUAUUGCAUCCCGGCAAAGUAAAAAAGGACAUCAACAAACUGCUGGGCAUCACGCCCUCGGAUAUUGACAAGUACUCGCGCAUUGUGUUUCCGGUGUGCUUCGUCUGCUUCAACCUGAUGUACUGGAUAAUCUACCUGCAUGUGAGCGACGUGGUCGCCGAUGAUCUGGUGCUGCUCGGCGAGGAGUAGAGAGUGCCUCGUCGUCGUCGUCAUCGUCGUCGUCGUCGUCAAACCAUUCGCGUCGAGGGUGGUCCAGGACCCCAUCGGAUCGCCAGAAAGAGGAGUGAACAGCGCACGAGAGAGUCAAACUAUGCAUUGCGCUGAAAAACCACACAAAAAAUAAGAAGAAAACGCAAAGAAAAAAAGAAACAGAAAACAAGCAAAAAAAAAAUUAAUUAAGAAGCGGAAACAAAACUAAUUUUAACUAGGCGAUAUGAGGAGACGAAGAAAUGCAACAAGUUUUUGUUUAAUACUAAUGAAAAAAAGGACACACACACACAUAUUACAAGGUCGAAAGCAAAGAAUAUUGUUAAAUAGAUUUACACAAAGAGAAAACAUAAGGAUAACAUUAGCAGUAACAAGGCAAAUGAAAAAAUGAAUAUAAAUGAAUGAAGAAUAAUCAAAAGCAACAGGAUUAGCAAAUUGUAGUGAAAAUUAUAUAACGAAAGGUAUAAGCGAACAUGUUGAAAAGGAUUAAAAAGCCAUAAAAAAAAUCACAUAUAUAACGAUCAAAAAAUCAUACGCAAUAUAGACAUUAAAGGACACGGAAAGGGAAAGUGGAAUCGAAUGGGUUCGAGAAUGAGAGUGAGCAAGAGAAUGAGAAUGAGA